AUGGAAGCAGUCGUCCGCGAGCUCCAGAGCGAUGCGCAGCUAAGCGUGUUUCUGAGCCCAGAGUGUGACGUGAGCGCGAUCGCCAGUGCAGUCGUAGCCCAAGAUUCGGUCCAAGGAAGCACUAGCGGAUCCUCUCCAUGCCGUGGACGUAAUGCUAUAGCUCAACCGGGUGAAGAGGAAGAUUUGAGUCGAUCAGAGCAGUUUGUCAAGUGUCUGAACCGUGCCGUGCAGCGCAUUGAUGGCGUCAUCUCCGAGCACAUUGGCGAGCACCACGCGACACUAUUGGACCAAGUGGGAUCGGUGGACGAGCUCUUGAGCCACGUGACGUCAGUCCAGAGCUCUGUGGGGGAUUUGAAGCAGUCGGUGCACUCACUAGAGACGCUAAUGCGCAAGCAGCAUGCGAAUUUGCGUGACACGAUCCAGCGCUACCGCAACGUCGAACAGUGUGGAGACAUUGUACGGAGAGUGCUGCGCUUUCAGCAGCUAUCUGAUCGUGUUUUAGGAUCAGAGCUGAAUCCUGUUGAUGCUGCAUCGACGGAAGGGACAGUUGACAGUCGAAGCAGUCUAACACGAGACGCGAGACAGCACGAGAUGGUCUCGGUGGCAAUUGCGAUGAGGGAGAUGGAGGUGAUGGUGCAAGAUGAGCGAUUUGGGGAGGUCAGCGUCGUGCGUGCCAAGGUUCCAGCUAUACGCAAGCUUGGUACUGAUAUGAAGCGUGAGGUGCGCACUUCGCUGCGUUCAGGUAUCGAGAGUUUGAGUCAGGCAGAUGUCGGCGACGCACUACAAGUACUUUUCUACUUGGGCGAUUUGAGUGCAGCGGUUCAAGCUUCUGUGAAUGACGUGAUUCAGGAAGUGGAACGUAAGUGUACCGCCGCUAUUUCAGAGGAUACAUUGGUGCGCUCCGGUGGUGCUAGCGUCAGAAGCUCGGACCCAAGUCAUGCGUCAACUUCGGGUAGCAUUGUGCAAAAGUCUGACUUAUGGAAAGCGCUAGAGGAUGUGUUUGAUGCUAUCCGCGUCCAUGCAUUUCCAAGUAUGGAAUAUGCAGCGCGUGCUACAAAAGAUGUUGGACCCUGCAUCAGGCAAGAAGUAUGUCGAUUUGGUACUCGAGCCAGAUGA